ACGUUUUCUGGUGUUGCCUGCUAGUUAUGAUAUACACCAAAGUAAUCUUUGAUUUUAUUUUGACAAUCGCAUAUUUUAGGAUUUAUUAUAAAGCUGGUUACAUAAGCAAAGCAUUUUGCAAUUAUUAUUUCGGCAGAAGAUAACUGAUAAUAUCAAUUGAAACGUUUAAAUUCUUGUGUCUUUAUGAAACCUCGCGAGAAUGUAGUGAUAUCGAGACUUUGAGAAGCAAGGAGAAGUUUUGUGGCACAGACGGAGUAGCUGCUGGAUUAGUGUCCAUGUUUGGAAAUAUCGGCAUAUAAUAUUUUGUAUUUUGAGUGUUUCUGGUUGUAAGGAAGGACAUAUUUUCGACGUCGUAUUUGGAUAACUUCAGUGAUAGAUAUGAGCUUUUUAUUCGGGAGCCGCUCGUCAAAGACGUUCAAGCCGAAAAAGAACAUUCCGGAGGGCUCACACCAGUAUGAGUUGCUGAAGCACGCCGAAGCCACGCUGGGCAGCGGGAACCUGCGAAUGGCCGUCAUGCUGCCGGAUGGAGAGGACCUCAACGAAUGGGUGGCUGUCAACACUGUGGACUUCUUUAACCAGAUCAACAUGCUGUAUGGGACCAUUACUGAUUUCUGCACUGAGGAAAGCUGCCCUCUUAUGUCUGCUGGGCCUAGGUAUGAAUAUCACUGGGCUGAUGGAACCAAUAUUAAAAAGCCAAUCAAAUGCUCAGCUCCCAAAUAUAUUGAUUACCUGAUGACCUGGGUUCAGGACCAGCUUGACGAUGAAACACUCUUCCCCUCCAAAAUAGGUGUCCCCUUCCCAAAGAACUUCAUGUCGGUGGCCAAGACCAUCCUGAAGCGGCUGUUCCGGGUCUAUGCCCACAUCUACCACCAGCACUUCGACUCUGUCAUCGAGCUACAGGAAGAGGCGCACCUCAACACCUCCUUCAAACAUUUUAUCUUCUUCGUCCAGGAGUUCAACUUGAUUGACAGGAAAGAGCUGGCACCUCUUCAGGAGCUGAUUGACAAGCUGACGUCUAAGGACAGAUAAAAAAAAAAAAGAAUUUGACGUGGGUUUCACCUAGCGUCCCAUUUACUCUCAUUACUGUGCACAAGCAGCUUGGCUUUGUUCUCUCCAAUAUUUUACAGAUUGUUCGGGACAGGUGCCUGAAACUGCAGAAAAACAGCUGCCUCUUAACAGUCCUCUAGAAUUUUUACGUCCAGUUCUCCAUGGUUUUAACUUGGGCAGUGAAUACUGUUUAUGUUGUCGUUGUGACGUUUUCUCUCAAAGCCGACCAUAUCUACGUAAGUGCCUGAAGUGUGUCCACCUGCAAAUUGUAAAAGUUCCACUGUUAUUAUAUGUCUUCAUUACUGCUAACUUGCUACUAACCAAGGCCUUUUUGUUGCUAUGGGGUUUUUUUUGUUUUUUUUUUACUGAACAUGAAAAAUAUAGACUAUAUAGAAUAAAUGAAGCAUGUAGACACUUUCUGUAGUUUAGCAUUUAUAGGGACUGAUCCUGAGGUCUGAUCAUUUCUUUGAAAAUUCUGUUGAUUUAAUCACAGCUAGACUAUUUUUUUUGUCUUUCUUAUUUUUUCCCUUGAACCCUGUAUCAUUUCUUCUAGUCAUUGAGGUGCUGCACAAAAAAAGUCUAAUUUGCACUGGGCCUGUAGUUGCCCAACAUGACCUUUGUACCAGUAGAGUUAAAUGAAUAGUUAAAUAUGUAGAUUAAUCUGGUUUUAGAUAUAGGCUCUACUAAAGGUGGGUGGGCCUUAAGUCAUAAGCUUACUAUGCAAUGUUUUUGUUUUUAAUCACCAAAUUUCUUUUGCAUCGUUGACCAGACUUGCAGACCCCAAAUUGUUUUGGCACAGAAAUUGCAGCUAGUGCCAAUAACCAAACCACUACGGGUUAACAAAGAGAACAUAAUUUCUCAUCAGAGUUCCUGACUUGCCACUAAGUUUGUUUUUGUUUUUGUUUUUUUUCCCCCUGCAAAUUUGUCAUGUUGUAAUUUCCUCAGAAUAGUGGGAACACAGAUUUAAGCAGACAAAUAUAUAAAUGGAAUAUAUGAUGUGUAAACAUGAAAUAUUUUAAACAUGAAUCAUAUGAAUAUCUUGAUUUUAUAUAAUGCUUGGCUGUUUUUUGUUGUCUGCACUUUGAAUUAGAAUAUUAAGAGGUGUGUUCCACUAAAGCUACCUCCUCCAAGAUUUGUGGUAAUGACGCUUUGUUGCAAAAUUUAAGAUUUUAUCAGUUUAUGUAAAGUAUCUCUACUACAAUAUAUAGAAUAGUAUAUUAUUUGAUUUGGUUUCACCUCAUGAAUGUCACUUUCUAUGAAUGUCAACCAGUGGGUAGGAAUUUGUGAUGGCUAUACUUGAUCUUUUCACUAGACCCAAUUUCAAAACCAUAUAAAGAGAUCCUGUCGCAAUGGUUGAAUACACUAUUUUCUUUUUCUGUUUUUUUUUUUUUUUUUUUUUUUUUUUUUUUGAGAAACUUGUAAAUAAUGUACACAGAUUAGGUAUGCAGUGGGAAUAAGAUGAAAUACUUAACUUGCAAGACUUUAUGGUACAAUAUUGAAUGCUGUUUAUAGUCUAAUAAAACUGGUUUGUCCAA